ACCCUAAAGCGGCGGUGUCUGGGGCGAUGCCGGCGGGGGGCCGUCAGUGGGGCGGCUUCUGGGAGCAGCGGGCCAGGCAGCUGCAGAGACUGGUGCAGGUCAAAGAAGAGAGGAUCGUUGAACUGGAGAUGCAAAACGCUGUCCUUCACCUGAGGCUGGCCGAGUAUCGGGACAGGAUCGGGGAGAGUCGCAGCGAGGCCGCCCUAUCUCUCGCCCGCGACAGGCGGCAGCUGCAGAGCAGUUGGUGCUCGGCCCUAAACCGGCUCCGCCCGGGGAUUCAGAGACUGAAGCGGGAUCUAAAGGAGUUUCACUCUUCCUCCCUGGUACUCCUGAGAAGCUAUCAGGACCAGUGCGAGGCGUGCGUCUCCGCCAUAGUGGCCGCGGUUGGGAGGACACAGCUGGACCGGGCGGCUCUGCAGGCGUGCCGGUCCGAGGCGGUCCGACUCGAGCAGGCCCUGCAGGAGACCGGGGUGCGCUACCAGGCGGAGAGGCAGAGGAGGAGACUCCUGCACAACACUUUGGUGGAGCUGAGGGGCAAUGUGCGGGUGCACUGCCGGGUCCGCCCGCUGCUGCCUCUGGACCACGGGUCUGGCGACGCCGUUUCACAGAACAGCGCCGUCUCUGCAGAAGCGGUCCGUGCAGCUGAUGAUGAAACAGUCCUGGUGAAGUGUGACCGUCCUGGGCACCCCUCCAUCAAUAAGACGUAUCACUUUGACAGGGUUUAUGGCCCAGCAGACUCUCAGGGAGAGGUCUUUGGAGACGUGCGCCCCCUGCUCACGUCCCUCCUAGACGGGUACAACGUCUGCGUCGUGGCGUACGGACAGACGGGCAGCGGCAAGAGCUACACCAUGCUGGGGCCACCUGCGAAGGGGGGAGCGCCCCCGAGCGACGCGGGAAUCGUCCCCAGGGCUGCGGAGGAGCUCUUCAGGCUGAUUGCAGAAAGCCCGCCGCCCCGCCCACAGGUGGGGGUCUCCGUCGUGGAAGUUUACAACAAUGAUGUUUUCGACCUUCUGGCCAAAGACAGUCGGGCGCCGGGGUCUGGGGCCCGGCGUGGGCUGCCAGCAGCGGCCGGGGACGGAAGGAAGGAGGCCACCACCCCGACCUGCGAGGCCGUGGGCAGCGCCUCGGAGCUCCUGCGGCUGGUGCGCGGGGGUCUGCGGCGCCGGGCGACACACGCCACCCUGGUGCACGAGGACUCGUCCCGGUCCCACCUGAUCGUGACUGUGACCGUGACCACGGCCCCCGGCCCCGGCGUCUCCGGUAAGUCGCCAUGGGCGGUCGCCCAAGUCAGGCAGAAGUCCGCUUUGGGAGAGAAAGGUCGCGUGCUGGCGCAGUGUCUGCGUCUCAGGGGACCAGGAGUGGGACCGCGGCCACGCCUGCUGGGGACCAGGGACCCAGACCCAAGAGACCCCAGGGAUCCGGGCGGAGAAGAGAGUGGGGGUGGCAGGGAGGGCACACAGGGCCAGUGGGGAACGACGCGGAAAGCAAGCAGGGCAUGUCCACACCGUGAAACACCGUGUGUUCGUCAUAAGAACUCAGUCUUCUUUGGACAAACGCAGCACGACCAGUCCAGCUCCCACGGAGAGAGCCGCUUCCCUCCUCCUGCCUCGCCCCUUGUCCCGCGGGGACCCCUUGACUCUCACCCCGACCCUCUAGACCCUGCGGCGGGCGCGGGAAGGAGGAGGAGCGCGUGCGGCCCCGCCCGGCCCCCCGACCCCGCAGGCCGCGCGGAGCGGGCCAGCGCCCAACUGCAGCUGGUGGACCUGGCGGGCAGCGAGUGCGCAGGCGUGUCCGGGGCCGCCGGCUCGGCGCUGCGGGAGGCCUCCUGGAUCAACCGCAGCCUGGCGGCCCUGGCGGACGUGCUGGGCGCCCUGGCGGAGCGCCGCGGCCACGUCCCCUACCGGAACAGCAGGCUCACCCGGCUCCUCCAGGACUCCCUCGGCGUGUCCGGGGCCACCGGCUCAGCGCUGCGGGAGGCCUCCUGGAUCAACCGCAGCCUGGCGGCCCUGGCGGACGUGCUGGGCGCCCUGGCGGAGCGCCGCGGCCACGUCCCCUACCGGAACAGCAGGCUCACCCGGCUCCUCCAGGACUCCCUCGGAGGCGACGCCAAGUUCCUGGUGAUCCUGUGUGUGUCCCCCGGCCAGAGGCGCCUGGCGCAGACGCUGCAGGGCCUGGGGUUCGGGGCCCGCGCGCGGCAGGUGGAGCGCGGCCCAGCCCGAAGGCGGCCCAGCGCCCGGGCGGGGGAGGGGAGCACGGGCUAAGCGUGUGAGGAGCCUCCCUCCCUGGACACGUGUUUCCUCGCGGUGCUCUGUGACGUCUGUGCCCCUAGCAAUAAACGGCUUCACAGGCCCCGUA